AUGAAUCACUUGGCGCAGUUGUUUGGUGUCAGCGCUGCCAAAACUCAUGAGCAACCUGCUGACUCAUGGGUCGUGGAAGAACGCUCCGUUGAUGAAGCCAGGCCGCUGAGAGUGGUCGUCAUUGGCUCCGGAAUCUCCGGUAUCAUCGCAUCUAUCCGGUUCAGGCAACGUAUCCCCAACUUGGAUCUUUGCGUGUACGAGAAGAAUGCAGAUAUUGGAGGCACGUGGUUGGAGAACAGAUAUCCAGGAUGUGCUUGUGACAUUCCUGCCCACACCUACCAGGCCACCUUUGAGCCCAACAAAGAGUGGUCCACCUUCUAUGCCACAGCCCCGGAGAUUCACAAGUAUUGGGGACGAGUAAGGGACAAAUAUGGCUGUGCUAGGUAUAUCAAGUUCAAGCAGCAAGUUGUUGAAGCUGUGUGGAAGGAGGAUGAUAGCAAAUGGGUACUGCAGAUCAAGGAUCUAGAAAGCGGCUCAGUCUAUCCAGACCAAUGCGAUGUGUUAAUCUCCGCCACUGGCUUUUUGAAUGAAUGGAAAUGGCCGAACAUUCCCGGGCUUCAUGAAUUCCAAGGAAAGCUGAUGCACAGUGCAAGGUGGGAUGAGAGUUUCGAUUACAGCGAUAAGCGGGUUGCUGUGGUCGGGAACGGCUCGAGUGGGAUCCAAAUCGUGCCUGGAAUGCUGCCAAAGGUAACACACAUGGACCACUACGUCAGAAGUCGAACUUGGAUUGCACCCAGCUUUGCUCGAAGCGAACUCGAAAGGCGUGGGGUUAAGUCGGACAAUUUCUCAUUUACCCCCGAGGAACUCAAGACCUUCAACACGGACCAUAAUGCUUACCAACAGUUCCGUAAAGAGAUCGAGCUGCAACUGCAGUCGGUCCACGGUGCGACCUUGCUGGGCACACCAGAACAGCUGGGUGCCAAGGAAGCUUUCGCGGAAAACAUGCGACAACGCUUGUCAAGAAAGCCGGAGCUAUAUGAGAAGCUUUUGCCGGCAUUCCCGCCCGUUUGCCGCCGACUCACGCCCGGUCCAGGGUACUUGGAGGCUCUGGCGGAUGACAAGGUCGACAUCAUCGCCAGUGAUAUUGUUCGAGUUGAUGCAGAGGGCAUCUUCACCGCAGAUGGGAAACAUCAUCCCACUGACGUUCUGGUCUGUGCCACCGGGUUCGACACCACGUUCACCCCCCGAUUUCCCAUCAUCGGGUGCAAUGGCCUCUCGUUGGCGGAGCGGUGGAAGAAGACACCGGAGUCGUAUCUCUCGAUCGCGGUCGACGGGUUCCCGAACUACUUCAUCUGCUUCGGGCCCAACUCGGCCCUUGGAGAAGGCAACCUGCUGCUUUUGCUUGAGAGAGUCAUCGACUAUUUCACCUCGUGUGUCCAGAAGAUGCAGCGUGAUAACAUCCGCUGCAUGUCGGUCCGGAAGGAUGCCGUGCAAAGGUUUACCCGUCACUGCGACCAGUAUUUCUCCCGCACGGUAUACAGUGAGAAAUGCCGGAGCUGGUACAAGGGAGGCGAGGAAGGCGGACGGGUGAUCGGCGUCUGGCCCGGCUCGUCGCUCCACUCGCUGCAAGUUCUUUCUCACCCCCGAUGGGAGGAUUUCACGUAUGAGUAUGUUAACGACAACGCAAAUGGCUGGAUGGGGGAUGGCUGGACGGAGAAUGAAAAGAACCAUGCGAUCAACGUCAGCUACCUGGAUGAUGACCAGGUGGACUUUCCCUUGGCAGUGUUUGAACAGUUGAAGAAUUAAAGCGAGAGCGGUG